GAUUCGUCGGUGAAAUGUGUACAUCAGUAUCGUAGUAUUAACUCACAUCGUACGUACUUAACGUAGUUUAAAUGUGUCGAGUGUUUGGUUGCAACAUCCGUGUGAUUAUUAUUCUCUUUAUUUGAACGUUCGAGAGUAAAAAUUAACAAUACAUACGUUAGCUCUUUCCUAAUAAACAAACUUUAAAAUGGGGGUAAUAUUUUUGGAACACAUCGGUGGCACGCGUCUUUUUUCUUGUGCUUCCUGUGACACAAAUUUAACAAACCGAGGACAGCUGAUCAGUACUCGUUUCACAGGAGCAACUGGUCGAGCUUUUCUCUUUAAUAAAGUUGUCAACCUUAAUUACAGCGAGGUACAAGAUAGAGUGAUGUUAACUGGACGUCACAUGGUACGAGAUGUCAGCUGCAAAAACUGUGAUGCUAAACUUGGGUGGGUGUAUGAGUUUGCAACGGACGAUAAUCAACGAUACAAGGAAGGCAGGGUUAUAUUGGAGCGUGCUCUUGUUACCGAGAGCGAUGGAAUGGGAGAAAAUAUUUAAUACUUAAUAUUUUAUAGUGCACAGUAGAGUUUAAGAUCUGUAUAUCUAAAUCUUUUAGUAUAAAUCCAUUGCCGUAUAUAAGAAAUAUUUCUCAACUUGUGUCAAUUAUCGGUAUAAGUAUUAAGUUUGUUAUUUUUUUUUCUUUCUAGUAAAUUACGUGGAGAUAUCAACUUUGUCAUGAAAUCAAAUCGAUCUUGCCAAAUGUAAAUGUCAAUUGAAAGGUCUUUACAAAAAAAAAGAAUGUUAUUUAUAUGUGAUUUAUUAUGAUAAAUAUAAUGAUGCAAUAUAAUUUGUUAAAGACGCUUUCAAACGUUGUUCCGAUUUCAUGAUAAAUGUUGAAUUUUAUUCUUAAUAUAUGCUUGUACGUUUAUAUUGUGUAAAUAAAAAUUAACAAACUUUCUUUAGUAACAGAUUGGUCGAUCGAGAAAACUGAAAACAGCACGAAGAUGUAAAGUGAUACAAUGAAAAUUGUCUAAUUAUAAGAACAUGUGCAAUAAUAUGACAUAAUGGUAUUAAAUGGAAAAAAAAAAAAAAAAGAAAAAGAAAAACAAAUUUUUGACUAAACAUAUUAAAAUAGUCGUAUACAUUAAAAAUUCCAUUAUGUUAAAUUUUAUUGUAACAAGAAAAGUACGGCAAGAGAUUGUAGAGAAUGUAUAGUUUUGUUAAUUGGCGAAAGAAAUAAAUAACUUGGAUUGAUCGCAUAACAAAAA